AGUGUUUCUGGUCUAAUCGUCGUGUGUUGUGUAUACAGAAUUAAAAUCAUUAGCCUUUUUCAUGUAAAUUACGAUGGGUUUGUUGACUGUACUCAAAAAGUUGAAGCAAAAGGAAAAGGAAAUGCGUAUUUUAAUGCUAGGUUUGGACAAUGCUGGUAAAACAACAGUGUUAAAAAGAAUCAAUGGAGAACCGAUAGACACAAUAUCACCAACCCUUGGCUUCAACAUCAAGACUUUGGAGCACCGUGGAUAUAAACUUAAUAUAUGGGAUGUAGGAGGUCAGAAAUCGUUGCGUUCUUAUUGGAGGAAUUAUUUUGAGUCCACAGAUGGAUUAGUGUGGGUAAUCGACAGUGCAGACAGAAGAAGAUUAGAGGAUUGUAAAACAGAGUUAUACAAACUGUUACAAGAAGAAAGAUUGGAGGGUGCUAGUCUUUUAAUACUUGCAAAUAAACAAGACUUGCCUGGAGCAUUGUCUGCAGCGGAUAUUGCAGAAAUUUUGGAAUUGCCUAAUAUUAAAACACAUCACUGGCAAAUAUUUAAAUGUUCAGCAGUCACUGGAGAAAAUCUUGUGGAAGGAAUAAAUUGGAUUGUGGAUGAUAUUUCUGCAAGAAUAUUUUAUAUAGACUAA